AUGGAUCAUCGUCUUAUCAUGUGGAUAUGCUCACUAGGUUUCGUCUUACUUCUUCUGACACAAACAGUUGCUGCAGUUGAAGUUUCGUAUAACAUUUCAUUACUAGUAGGUGGUGGUAAUCAAUAUGGAGAUGGUUUGCCAGCUGAUAAAAUCAAUCUCUACAACCCAACAGCAAUAGCUUUCAACUCCAGAGGAGACAUGUAUGUGGUCGAUGCACAACUCCAAGUUAUUCGAAAGAUAGCAAAAGAUGGAAUCACCACAACCAUUGCAGGAUUUCCACAAGAUGCUGGUUACAAUGGGGAUAACAUUCUAGCAAACAAAGCCAAGUUAAAUUAUCCUCGAGGUGUUGCGGUGAAUGAAAAUGAUGAGAUUUUCAUUUCUGAUAGUGGCAAUUACAGAAUACGAAAGAUUUCAAAUAGUGGUAUUAUAUCAACUGUGGCAGGAACUGGGGAGAAUGGUUUUAUGGAUCAUGUACUGGCUAUUAACGGCAAGUUUGGAAAUCCAUCACAUUUGCUUUAUACGAAUAGUACUCUCUAUAUCAAUGACCAAUCGAAUAACAAGAUUAGAAAGUUGGAUUUCACAACAGGCUCACUCUCAACAGUCGAAACCUAUCCAUUAGGAAAGAGUUCAAAUGGCAAGGAUUACUACUUUGCCAACUUUGCAGGUGUCAUUACCAAGUUAGAUUCGAAUAGUGGAAAUAGCACAAAAAUUGGCUCAGAACUCUCACCAAAUCUCUCCAGCUUUAUUCAAUACAGUUCUCAAUUGGACUGCUUCUUCUAUUCCAUCUAUUCCGAUUAUAAGGUCUAUAGACAAUCUUUGACAGGAGUUGUCUCAACAUUUGCUGGUUCCAAUGAAAAUUCUGGAAAUAUUGCAAAUUUCAGUGGAGAGGGAAAUCUUGCAGUGAAUGCAACAAUUGGUUCUCCAGCUGGUCUUUUGAUUCGUGAUGGAUAUUUGUAUGUUGCCAUGCAGACGAAUAGUAGAAUUGGGAGAGUGGAGCUCAGUAGUGGGAUAAUUACGACAUUUGCAGGAGUGGAUGCUAAUAGUAUGUUUGAAGGGGUGUUUGGAAAUGCUACCUAUUUAUCAGAUUCAUCAGUUAGAAAUAUGGUAUUCGAAACUGAAAGUUCCGUUUAUUUUAGUGAAUCAAACAAAAUUCGAAUGAUUGAUAAGAGAACGAGCUUGAUCCGAACAAUAGUCAAAACUUCUUCAGCUAUCGAGUGUUUUACCUAUUUCAAUAAUACUCUCUACUUGGUAAUCAAUUAUGCAACCAUAUAUAGAGUGGAUUCGAAUAAUUCUUCUUUGCAUCACUUUGCUGGUUCAUUAGGAACUAUUGUACAGAAUCGACCUGCACUUGGAGUACAAUUCAUGCCAAAGGGCAUAUCAUUCAAUCAGAAAACCGGUGAUUUAUAUGUGUCAGAUUCUUUACAACAUAUCAUUUCCAAAAUUACUAAAAAUGGUCAACUUUCAGUUAUUGCAGGUAGUGUCAGUAAUCCAGGAUUUAGUGGAGAUAAUCAAUUGGCAAUUAAUAGUCUACUCUAUAGUCCACAAGACAUUGUCGUCAAUUCACAAAGCGGUGAAAUCUUCUUUGUGGAUGCAUCGAAUCAGAAGAUUCGUAAAAUAGAUUCGAAUGGAAUUAUUUCUACUCUAAUAAGUGUUUCUUAUCCUGAACAUAUGGAAAUUAAUCCAUCAACAAACGAACUCUACAUUGCAUAUGGUUGCAGAAUUGUCAAAUUUUCUGCUGUUAAUGGAACCAUGACAGGAAUUCUUGCUGGAACUGGAGCAGCUUGUGCAUAUAAUGGAGAUAACAUUCCAGCAAUUAAUGCACAGAUAAAAGUUGACGGGAUGACCAUUAAUUCCAAUGGAGAAGUUUUCUUCAUUUCAGAGGGUUCAAGGAUUCGUAAAAUUGAUUCGAAUGGAAUUAUUUCGACCAUUGCAGGAACUGGAACUCUUGGUUACAAUGGCGAUAAUAUUCCAGCAGUUACAAGUCAAUUAAAUAAUCCUACUGGUAUAGCAAUUAGUCCAACAACUGGUGAAGUAUUCAUUUCGGAUACAACUAAUCUUAGAAUUAGAAAAAUAGAUUCGAAAGGCAUAAUUUCAACCAUUGCUGGUACAGGAACUCUUGGUUACAAUGGAGAAAAUGUAGUUGCCACCAAUGCUGACCUCUAUCAUCCAUCUGGUCUUUCAUUCUUCAAUGGAGAGCUCUAUUUUGUUGCAUAUGAUAGAAUUCGAAAGGUUUCGACUGAGAAUCUAGUUUCUACAAUUGCAGGUGGAGACGGAGAUGGAGGACCAGCACAAUACUCAAAUCUAGAACAGGUGAGAUUCAUGACCAUGUCCAACUUGGGAGAAAUGUUCAUGGCUACUGGAAACAGAAUACGAAAGAUAUCCACAACAGGUAUCAUUUCAACUGUGGCAGGAAUGAUUUAUAAUUUCGGAUAUAAUGGAGAUAGAAAGAUUGCUACCACUGCCCACUUGUGGAAUCCGAUUGGAAUUUCCCUUAAUAGUGAAGGAGAAGUUUAUAUUGCAGAUUUGAGCAAUCAUAGAAUUCGAAAGGUUUCCAAGAGUGGAAUAAUUUCGACAAUUGCUGGAUUAGGAGCUGCUGGAUAUAUCGAUAACGUACUCGCAACAGAAAGUCAACUAAAUGCACCGAAAGGAGUUGUUGUUGCCCCAAGUGGUGAGGUGUUUAUUGCAGAUUCGAAUAAUAACAAAGUUCGUAAAAUAUCAACGAGUGGAAUAAUUUCUACAAUUGCAGGAGGUGGAAGCAUUGGUUUAACCGCUGAAACUCAAUUGGCCACUUUGACAAAACUUACAGAACCAAGCUCUGUAAAUGUAAAUUCCAAUGGAGAAGUGUUAAUAUUUGAUAGGAAUAGUAUUAGAAAAUUAUUACCUUUGGCCAUAACCUGUUUUGGUAAAUUUGAUUCAGAAGCAUGUUCUGGAAAAGGAAAAUGCAUAUCCUACGACAAGUGCGCUUGUUCAAUAGAAUCAGGAUCUUCAACCUAUUAUGGACCUAUUUGUGAAAAGUUUGAUUGUAAUGGAAAACCAAUGAAUGAAUCAGGUGUGUGCUCUGGAAGAGGAAAAUGUCUUUCACCAAAUUCAUGCUCGUGUCUGGAUGGAUUUUAUGGUUCCAAUUGUGAGAAUAGUUUGGUAACGCCUGGAACUAGUCGACAGGUAGCAACGAGUGAAAAGACAAUUGGGCAGGAUAAUACUUUGGUUAUUGUGUUGGCUAUUAUCAUUCCAAUUAUAUUCAUUGCCUUGAUUGUUGUCAUUGUUUUGGUCAUUGUUGCAGUUGUGUUUUUCAAAAGAAAGCAGACGAAAGCAGGAAAAUCUGGUUAUCAAACAAAGGCCAACACUGAGCUAGAAACCUUUACAAUUCCAGAUUUUCCCUCAGAGGGAAGUUUAUUUCUUCAACCCUUAAUGAGUAUUUCGAGUACUGGUAAGAAGGAAGAGCCAUUCAAUCCACUCUCUAGAUAUUCCAACUUGGAGAAGGUGGGCCAAGGAAGUUUCGGCAAUGUUUUCAAGGCAUUUGAUGAGAAAACCAAAACCACAAAAGCUAUUAAGGUAAUCAAAUAUUCAAACAUUGAUGAGUUGAACAAUUUCAUGAGAGAGGGAGCUCAACUAAUGAACGUCAAUCAUCCUAAUAUUCUGAAAGUGAAUGAGUUUUUUAUUGGACAGGAUCAAAUGUUGUGUAUUGACACUGAUUUUUAUGAGAAGGGAGAUUUGGUGAGAUUGACCAACAUUGAUUUUGAUUGUUCUGAAAAACUAUUGAAGGAAAUAAUUCAUCAAACAUGUAAGGCAUUAGAUUAUAUUCAUUGUACCAUGAAUGUCAUUCACAGAGAUAUCAAACCAUCAAAUAUUUUCAUUAAGAGUUUGGAGAAUGAUAGCAUCCACCUCAUUAUCGCAGAUUUUGGAUUGGCCAAGUCAAAUAUGGCCUCAGUGAUGCAUUCAUUUGCUGGAACUCCACUUUUUAUGAGUCCAGAAUUGGGAUUUGGUGGAAAAUAUUACCACAAUACAGAUGUUUACUCGUUGGGAGUAACUCUGUAUCAGAUAAUGACAAAGGAUACAGUGACAUCUAUUAGUCAACUCUACGUUUCAAAGGAUCAAGAAACUGUAACUCAAAUUCUUAGAAAAAAGAUGAAGGAAGCAGAGUUAUAUUCUGAUAAGGUAAUCAAUAUUGUUUUAUCAAUGCUUUCUAAGGAUAGUGUAACCAGACCUCAAGCUCAGGACAUUUUGAAUGAUCCUUACUUUAGAUAA